AUGCAAUCAACCUUUAACACACGGUUUGCAAGAAUCGGCCCCAAAAACGGCGUCCGGCGCCCACCCACGCCGGCACCACGGCUGCGCGCCGCCGAGGGCGCCGCCGAGGUGGUCUCCGGGACGCUGUCGUCCAUCUGCAUGAUCUUCGCGACGUGCGUGGAGCCGGACUACCUGCAGCCCUGGAGCCAGUACGCCGAGGAGGACGUCACGGGCAGCGGCUUCGUCGUCACGGACGCGGCGGGCGGUCCGCGGAUCCUCACGAACGAGCACGUCGUGCGCCACGCGCGCGACGUGCGCGUGCGCCCCCACGGCAGCGCGCGCAAGUUCAAGUGCUCCGUGGCCUACGCGUCGCCGGAGCGGGACCUGGCGCUGCUCCAGGUCGACGACGACGCGUUUUGGGAGACGACGCUCGCGGCGCCGCUGCCCUUCGCGUCCGACCUCCCCCGCCUCUUCAGCGACGUCACGGUCGUCGGCUACCCCAUGGGCGGCGACAACGUCUGCGUGACGCGGGGCGUCGUGAGCCGCCUGGACGCGAUGGCCUACGGGAGCGGCCGCGGCGAGAAAUUGGUCGUCGUCCAGAUCGACGCGGCGAUCAAUAGCGGCAACUCGGGCGGCCCCGCGCUCGACGGCGAGGGCAACGUCGUGGGCGUCGCCUUCAGCGGCUUCGCGGGCGAGGCGGACAACAUCGGCUACGUGAUCCCGGCGUGCGUCGCCGAGAACUUUCUGCUCGACGCGGCCGCGGGCGGCGACGGCGAGGUGUGCUCGCUGGGCCUCGCGGCGCAGCCCGCGGCGAACCCGGCGCUGCGGCGGCGGCUGGGCCUCGUGGACGGCGACGGCGGCGUGCUCAUCACGCGCGUCGCGGCCGGGUCCGCGGCGAAGGGCGCGGUGCGCGUCGGCGACGUGCUGCUGAGCGUCGCGGGCUCCGCGGUCGCCGACGACGGCACCGUGGCGCUCCGGGGCGCGGAGCGCAUCGACGUGAGCCACGCGUUCACGGCGAAGCGCGACGGCGACGUCGUCGACGUCGAAGUGUUGCGCGACGGCGAGCGGGUCAGCUCCGCGGUGCGGCUCCACCCGCUGCGGCGCCUCGUGCCCUUGCAUCCCCGCACGGCGUCGCCGACCUUCGCGAUCCUCGGCGGGCUCGUGCUGAUGCCGCUCACGACGCAGCUCGUCGACGCCGUCGCGCACGAGAACGACGUCCACGUCGAGUGCGGCGUCGACGGCGAGGCCUACGGCGACGCCGGCGGCGCGUCCGAGCCAGUGUGCAAAUCAACCAGUGAGCUGGGACGUCCUGACCAAACUUCAAACCUCUCUAGCUCGAUCAAAUCAAAGUCGAUUUGGCUAAUUUUUGGACGAAUCGAUUGCUCUCGUCGAGUUCUCGAAGCACAGCCGAAGAGCAUAUGUCGAACUAUUCGAAUACGCUCACAUUGA